AUGUGGUAUAAAGUCCUAUUUUGUUUGUUGUUAACAAUAACAUUGCACACGAAUGCAGCUCCUACGGAUAGUAGUAACAACAAGUCAACGACCGCCGCUGCUGCAAUAGAACCGGAAAGUACAAGUUCAAGUGCACCGUUGUUCGAGAUAACUUCGAGGAAAAAAUCAACGAUCGACUAUGAAGACGACGAAGAUGAAGUGCCAACAGAUUCUGACGAAACAGAACUCGUCGAAGCUCGAGUAAAGCCAACUACAAAACCCACAAAGAAAAAAGCCACGAAGAAGCCUGCUACGAAAAAAGUUGCCAAUAAGAAAAAACCCAUAGAUGACGACGACGACUCCUCCGAAGAUCUCUUCCCCUAUUUGACGCAAGGAUACAAAAAAGUUUACUCCAAAAUCAACCAUUGGUGGAAAGAUCUCGAAUCAUCGUUCGCUGUGACUCCCAUAACCUAUGAAGGACCCUCAAAAAAAGUCAAAAAAGACAGUUUGAGUAUUGGACCAGAGAAAAAGAGCAAAACCAAACCGCCAACUACAAAGAAACCGCCGGCAAAGAAAAAGCCUCCGCCAAAAAAGAAAGAUCAAAAGCUUAAAAAAGAGCCUGAAGGAUGGUUCGAUUGGAAUAAAAUUGUAUUGGUGCUUGGGGGAAUCGUAACGGUAUUAGACUUAUUUGGCAUUAGAUAA